AUGCGCCGGUCCGCGCCCUUCGCCGCCGGCGGCUACACCUGGUCCAUCCUGUACUACCACUACAGCGCCUACGACGCCAACAGCGUGGACCUCUGCCUGCAGCUCGAGACCAGGGGCGUCACGGUCACGGCGUCCAUCAGCUUCAGCCUCCUCGACCCGACGGCCGCCAUGCCGCCGUGGAAGCGGACCACCAAGGCAACGCCGGUGGAGUUUACUAACCCCGCCGACAGCAAGGACUACGCGAAGCUGACCCAGCUCCGGUGGCGGCGGCGGAGAUGCCCACGGCCUCCAAACCCAAAGGUCCCGGCCUCCGACCUGAUGGACAAUCUUGGCAAGAUAUACGCGACCAAGGAUGGAUCCGAUGUCACCUACUCCGUUGAGGGGGAGCUUUUCCGUGCCCACAAGAUCAUACUCGCCAUGCGGUCACCGGUCUUCUACGCCGAGCUCAUCCAUGUCCAGGACAUGAAGCACGAUGUUUUCGAGGCCCUUCUGCGCUACAUGUACACCGACUCUUGGCCUACCUCCGGAGACGACCUGGCUGCUGCUGAUGGAGAUGAUGCAAACGAAAUGCUCUGCGGCCUACUCAUGGCUGCGGACCGGUAUGGCGUGGAGAGGCUGAGGCUCUUGUGCGAGCACAGACUCUGCAAGGUGCUCAAUGCGUGUAACGUGGCGGAUUUGCUGGCCUUCGCAGAUGAUCAGCACUGCAGCACCCUCAAAGAUGCUUGUAUCGAGUUUAUGGUGGAUUCGGAGAAGAUGAAGGAAGUGGUGGCAAGUCAAGGCUACCAGCAACUUCGCAGCAAACGCCCUUUGAUUUUGGUGGAGGUGUUGGAGAAGUCAAGUAAGUUUCGCAAAGUGUAG